AUGGCGUCGCCAGCAGAAGAACACUCUGCUGCAAUGGACGAAAAUCCGGGGAUGGACCCUGUCCUACAGCAGCCAGCUGCUUCGCGCUGGAGACGAGUCUUCGGAGGAAAGGUCAAAGAAGAACCGGAGUCUAGCGAAAAUCCGACUUAUCGCGCCAAAUCAACACUGGGAAUCCUAAGUGACAGAGAGACCGAUGAAGUGCCUGCCUCGUCGUAUCGUCCCUCGCGGUCGAAUUCUCGAACUCGGUCGGCGGUUCCAACCAAAAAGAGAACCGCGGACGGACAGUUUGUGCUUGAUCCCCAACCAGACGACUCCGUAAAUGACCCUCUGAACUGGCCGGUAUGGCAACGAGACGCCGCAUUGGUAUCGCUCGGCUUCUAUUGCUUAAUGGGAGGCGGCAUGACCCCCAUUUUGGCGGCUGGGUUUAACCAUGUUGCAACUGACUACGAUGUUAGCACGCAACAUGUGGCUUUUACUACCGGGUUCUAUAUGCUAGGCUUGGGCCUCGGGUCUGUCGUAAUGUCGCCCACAGCCAUUCUUUUCGGGAAACGACCGGUUUAUCUCUUGGGAGCUACACUGUUCGUGAUCUCGGCAAUUUGGUGCGCGGCGUCACCGAACUACCCAAGUCUCGUGGUCGCUCGUAUCUUCCAAGGACUUGCAGUGAGUCCAGUCGAGUGCCUUCCAUCUGCUACAAUUGCAGAGAUCUACUUCUUGCACGAAAGAGCCUAUCGAGUGGGAAUAUAUACACUCUUGCUACUAGGGGGAAAGAAUCUGAUCCCCCUAGUGAGUGCCGCCAUCAUCGAAGGGUUGAGCUGGCGCUGGGUAUUUUGGAUCGUUGCCAUUAUUGUAGGCAUGUGUUUAGUGUUGCUCUUUUUCUUCGUUCCCGAAACAUUUUGGGAUCGCACACCCCGUCCGCGUGUGCACAAGAGCAAGAGCCCGCGAAUUACAGGUCAUAGUGUCUCUGAUCUCAUUUCUCACGGCUUCCGCGGACGCCGUCCGCAUGUACAACCCCAGGACGAGUCCGCCGACCAGCCUCAUCCAGAUCCAGAGUUGGCACCGAAAAAGUCCAAGCACACGCAUGUUGGAUUUGCGGAUGACCAAGAAAAUCGAAUUGAGGCAGUCGAGACUGAAAAGUCCGAUUUCAUUCCUGGGACCGGCCAUGCUACCAAUGGCGAUCAAAUCACCACUCAGCCUCCGACACCGGCUGAUGAGAAAGGUGACGACUUCCUCCAGCCACUUCCCCAAGCUCUUGUCCCUGGCGCGCACCCAGACGAUAUAGAGUCAGCUCGACCGGCGGCUUUAUCACCCGCGAGGACCGAGUCAGUAGAGCCUGCCGGGACACCGCUUACCGCAACCCUACAAUACACAAACCGACUCCGUGAACGCCCGAAGAUCCCAUAUACCCAAUUACUUCGAGUCUGGAAUGGACGAAUCGCGCAAGACAGCUGGUAUCGCGUCGCCGUGCGACCAUUUAUUCUAUUCGCCUACCCGUCCGUGCUCUGGUCAACAGUGGUAUACUCCCUGUCCGUCGGCUGGCUGAUCGUGCUUUCAGAGUCAGUUGCGCACAUAUUUGAGGGCAAAACGCAUUACAAUUUCACAGCGCUGCAAACAGGCCUUAUCUACAUCUCACCGUUUGUUGGCGGUCUCCUGGGAACUGCAGUGGCGGGCAAAGUAUCCGACAUUAUCGCACGGUUUAUGACCAGGCGCAAUGGCGGCAUCUAUGAACCUGAAUUCCGUCUCGUCAUGGCGAUUCCUAUCGCAUUGUCCACGGUCAUCGGUCUGAUGGCUUUUGGCUGGAGUGCCGAGAAUGGUGACUCCUGGAUUGUCCCGACUAUCUUCUUCGACAGCUACCGUCAGUAUGCUGGCGAGGCGCUAGUGACACUGAACUUUAGCAAGAACAUCCUCCACGGCCUGGUCUUCUCCCUUUUCAUCGUGGACUGGCUCGAUGCUGAUGGUUCACGCACCGUGUUCAUGGCGAUCGGCGGUAUACAGCUUUUCUUCAUGCUCAUGUCAAUUCCCAUGUACAUGUACGGCAAGCGAGCUCGUAUGUGGACGACUCGGGUUGCAAUUAUGGCAUUUGAUACUCCAGAGUCAAAGUCGGUGGACGUGGUGACAGCGCCUAUCGAUAAAGACAUUUACACCCCAUCGGAAGAACCUAGCGAUGACUCUGAUGGAAAGAAGCCGCCGCCGCUUGCAGCAAAGUUGUGCGCAGUGGCACUGAUAUCGUGUAUCAGCUUUGGCUCACACUGGAGUUCUGGUGUGACGGGCGCCAUGAAGACCACAAUCAAAAAGCAAAUGCAUAUAGACAAUACUCAAUUUUCACUUUUGGAAGCCAGUGAGGAUUUCAUGGCAACGGUUCUGCUCUUGAUAAGUGGUGUGAUCACCGACCGAGUCGGCGGAGCUGAGAUGAUCGUGUACGGAAAUAUCGUUUAUACUAUCGGUUCUAUCCUCGUCGCUGCCGCCGCGACCGUGCGCUCUUUCAAUUUCAUGAUCGGAGGUCGAGUGAUUCUCGCACUCGGCGAUAUCGCAACACAAAUCGCUCAGUAUAAAAUGUUCUCUUCUUGGUUUCCUCCCAGCAAUGGAUUUGCAUCCACGUUAGGUUUUGAGCUUGCAAUUGGCAAGAUAGGCGGAUUUGUGGGCAAGUCGACAGCCAAUAUCAUUGCAAAGAACACUGGAAACUUUGCGUGGGUCUUUUGGACCUCUGUGUUCAUGAAUUUGUUCACAAAUGUGGCUACCGCAGCGUUCUGGUUCUUCAACCAGUAUUGUAAUCGCCACUACAAGGGACGACGCGAUGGCGCCACCAAAGAGCAACUGACGGAGAAAAACAAGAAGUUCGAGUUUCAAAAAAUGUUCGAGCUCCCGUGGACGUUCUGGGCUGUCAUGGCGUUCUCUAUCUUCCAAACAAGUGCAGCGUCAGUUUUCAGUCAAAAUGCCACUGAGCUGGCCGAGAAGCGAUUCAAUGUCGAUUCCAUCAAGGCUGGGUGGUAUAGUUCUUUGUCGCAGUAUGCAGGCUUCUUCCUCGUUCCCUGCUUGGGCGUGUUCAUUGAUGUUCUCGGCAACCGAGCAUCUGUUUUGUUUACGUGCGGCCUCGGCAUGUUGUUGAGUAUGAUCCUCAUUAAUUUUGCGACAUCAAAGGCAGGCACAGGGGCUGCAUUCGGCAUCUACGCCAUUGCCAUGUCCCUAGGACCAACCUCAGUGAUCGACAGCAUUCGCACCACGCUUUGGCACCAAUCGGUCUUUGGAUCUGCGUAUGCGCUGAAGGUCACCAUGAACAAUGCUAUGAGCAUUAUAAUUCGGAUCAUCACCGGAGCUUUGCAGGACGCAGAUAACAAUUCAUACCACCGAGUGGUGCAGGUUUAUCUCGUUCUUGCUGCCGGUGCUCUGGUUGUCGGUGCAGCUAUCCUGAUUGGCUCGUUUGUGACUGAUAACCUGGGGGUGCUUCAAUGGACUCGGCAUAAACGGUUGACAUCGGGUGCGGCUAUUAUCGAGCGCAUUCGAGAGCGCAGUUUGACGCCACAGAACCACCUCAAAGCCACCGAAACCUCCUCCCCUCCACAUCUUUUCCACAUUGCUCACACUUCUGCUGCCCACUGGACGCUCGGUGCCCCCUUGGUCCUCCUUGUGCCUUUUACUCCAUCGGCGAGGGAGCUAUAUCGAUACUACCAACCUGCUUCCCAAGCUCAGGAGGUUCCAUCUUGGCUUUCUGCGAACGAUGGAUUCCCUUUCUCUGCAGCUCCAGGGAAUACACUCACCCCACCGAUUUCCGAAGGAUCACCGCCAUCACACGGUAGUGCGACUUCCAGGCCAGCGACCGCAGUGGGGUCAGAUGCUCUAAUUCUGGGCACCUCGAACAGUACCAUGACGUCAUUUGCCCAGUUAGCGGCCUUGCGCUUGAACGCCGAGCGCGUAUUCAUCUCUGUAUUAGAUCGUGAUGUACAACACGUCAUUGCCGAAGCUACAAAAUCUCUCAAUUUGAACGAUCCAUCAAUUCACGACGAGAAUGAUAAUGUCUGGUUGGGGGCUCCCGACACCCGCAAGACAUGGAGUGUGUGCAAGGAUACUAUUGCACUGCCCCCCAACGACCGCGAGAAUGCAGACUAUCAAUUUCUAGUCGUAAACGACAUGACCGAAAAUGAGCGGUAUAAAGACCUGUCCUUCGUCGCGAAGGACCCCAACUUCCGCUUUUUCGCGGGAACUCCCUUGACAACUGAAAAGAACAUCAACCUGGGUUGUCUUUUCGUGUUGGACAAAAACCCCCGCAAUGGAUUAACACCGCUAGAGAAGGAUACGCUGGGAUCUAUAUCGAUGCUAGUGGUGGACUACUUAAAGAUUUGCAGGCAGGCCUCUGAAGGACGCCGGGCCGCACGCCUUUCUCGCGGGCUUAGCUAUUUCGUUGAGGGAAGUUCUAGUUUCGUGGAUAACAUCGACCGGUCGCGCACCAACAGUGUCGGUAUUCCAUCAGGGACUCCGCCAUCUUCCUACAAUCGCAUGAGUGCCUCUGGUGUCUCCGGUGGCUCCCCUGGCUCUCUCCGGAGCGGCUCAGAAAACGCAUCCCUGGAGUCAUCUAAUAAUCCCCCGAACGAUCGCGCACUCAGUACCGACACACGUUCUUUCAGCUCUGUCCCCUCCGAUUUGAAAUUGGAUCAAGAUUCGAAGGGCAGUAGUUCAAGAUUGGACAGUAGUUCAAAAUUGGACAGCGGGUCGAAAGUAGAAUCGGGCACUGUAGAGAGCUCUCUGCCAGAAUGGCUCACCAGCAGCAGCCGAAAUCGACUACCACCCGAUGAUUCACAAGGCAACUCUUGGUGUUUCCGCAGGGCGGCCAACUUGCUUCGUGAGAGUCUUGACCUAAGCGGCGACAGUGGCGUCAUUUUCCUGGAGACGAACAAUAACCCUUUGGUGGAUGCCGAUAUGGGGAGUGAUUGUUCCGACACCGGCGGACCUGCCUCCGUUCUGUCGGCAUCAACAAAUGAAGAACCAUUUGCUCCCCAGGCAGGGUCAAUGGCUACAUGCCCUGCGGCCAACUUGGACCGAUCUUUCCUGCACUUGUUGCUUCGACGCUACCCCAAAGGAAAGCUUUGGUCUUUCCAUCGCGAUGGCCUCCUCUCGACGUCAGACGAUGAUGAUCAAGAACCCCAAGACAAGGCGGCCCUUGGCUCCAGUGUCUCCAGUCGGUCCCCACCGAGCGCGGCUUCACAACCAUCGAAAUCCGUGCGAAAGCGAAGGAGAGCUGCGGAGAACUCAGUACUCAAUCAGUAUUUCCCAAAUGCGGCGCAAAUUAUGUUUGUGCCUUUGUGGAAUGCUGUUUCCUCGCAGUGGUUUGGGGGGUGUUUCUGUUGGAGCACAAUUGAGACUCAGGUGUUCACCACCUCAGUUGAGCUCAGUUCGGUGCUCGGGUUUUCGUCGUCCAUCAUGGCCGAAUAUAGCCGCGUUGAAUCCCUCAUUGCGGAUCGUCAGAAGGGUGAUUUCAUUGGAAGUAUAUCACACGAACUCCGUAGCCCCCUUCAUGGUAUCUUGGCGGCUGCAGAAUUUUUGAACAGCACUCAUCUGAAUGAAUUCCAAGAAUCAUUGCUUGAGACUGUCAAUUCCUGUGGCCGGACGCUACUGGAUACAAUGAACCAGGUGCUAGACUUUAGCAAAGUGGUAUCUUUGGAACGGACAUGGAAGUCAAUGAAGCGCAAGAAAGAGUCAGCGCUGGAUUUCAAAGGAUCAGACAAGUUGGCGCAUCACCUGGAUACGUUGGUGGCUACCGAUGUGGCUAUUCUCGCCGAGGAAGUUGUUGAAGGCAUAUGUCUUGGCCAUGUGUACGGCCAGAGCUCUACUGCUUCAGCAGACCUGCCUGUAUUGAUGCCACAUCAAACGAAGCUGCAGACUCAGCGGUCCAACGUCGAAGUUAUUGUGGACGUUUCCUUCCGGGAUUGGGUCUACCGGACCCAACCGGGCGCUUUGCGGCGUAUCAUUAUGAAUAUUUUUGGAAAUGCCAUGAAAUAUACAGAAUCUGGACGUGUCACCAUCUCCUUGGCAGCAUCCAGUCAAUCUGAAGGACGAUCUCGGCGGGACGGACUCGAAGAUUUGGUCACGUUAACAGUAACCGACACGGGUAAAGGUAUUUCAGAAGAGUUCUUGCGCGGCAAGCUCUAUACCCCCUUUGCCCAGGAGGACGCCCUAGCUGUUGGCACUGGACUAGGAUUGUCAAUUGUUCGCAGCUUGGUCAAGGCUCUGAAUGGGAGCAUUCGGAUUCGCAGUCGUCCUGGGGAGGGCACUGUCGUACGGGUAUCCCUCCCUCUAGAGAGACCUGUUGGCAAAGAAAGUCCGGCCAUCGAGCCAUCUGGACAGCUUGUCCAACAGCGAGAGACCUUGGCCCAAACUCUUCUACUACGCGAGGGAUACUCUGGUAAACGAGUUUCCAUCUGGGGUGUCAACCCAGCCGACGUGACUGCCGAAUCUAACUGGUCUGAAAUUGCCCGGUAUCUGACAGACUGGUACAAUAUGGAGAUUGUCGCAUGGGCACCGGAAGCCCGUGUUGAUAUCGUGCUUAUGGAUGAAACCGAUUUACCUAACUUCCGCACCAUUGCACCCUCCGCCGCUUUGCCUGCUCUUCUUGUCCUAUGCCACAAGUCGGUGGAUUACACCGGGGCAAAGUCCGAGUGGUUGCCUCUUGCUUCCUCUGUCAACAUCAUCCGGCGCCCCUGUGGGCCACACAAAUUAGCCCGAAGCGUAAUGAGGUGUCUGACCCAUGAUCAAUCACGGUCCGCGACACCAGCUUCCGCCCUGCAACCACUGAGUCUACCGCUCAGGACCAGGAGGUCCUCGUUGCCAGCACCAUCUGCACUCGAUUCGCCCGUCGAAUCCCCCGCCGACGGUAAUAGCGCCCCGGACCUACACUGUCCCGCAGUCCGCCCCAUGACGAUAUCACCACUACAACAACCAUCACUCGUCACCGCAUUACCCGAGGAGAUUGCAGAAGCCCCGUUACCAGCACCUCUGAUAGAUCCCGUAACCAGCUCCUCGCGACUCGCACGAGUGCUUGUGGUUGAUGACAACCGCAUAAAUCUCAACCUGAUGAUGACAUUCCUCAAAAAGCGCCAGCUGACUGAGCUGGACGCAGCCGAGAAUGGCAAAUUGGCCGUUGAGGCAGUCGAGCGCAUGCAGAGUGGUUAUGAUAUUAUAUUCAUGGAUAUGUCGAUGCCUGUCAUGAAUGGUUUCGAGGCUACUCGGGCUAUUCGCUCGCUCGAGAGGGAUACAGAUGGCCGCAAGCCAGCCAUCAUUAUUGCCUUGACCGGACUUAGUAGCUCUCGCGAUGAGUCAGAUGCCAUGGCUUCUGGUGUCGACCUAUUCCUCACUAAACCCGUCUCUUUCAGGGAAGUAUCACGGCUACUUGAGGAGUGGGAAAAGGAUGGCAUGGUAACAGAACGGAAACUGACAUCCUGA